UUCACAUCCUCCACGCUUCUGCUGCUGCUGCCGCUGUUGAGAGGUUUGUUUGAAUGGGAGGACGACACAGGAGAUAAAACAACUCGUCAGUGUGUGAAUGACUGAACCUGCCGGAUACUAUACACCGCUCAUGUCUGACAUCUACUUUCUCCUCAUGUGACAUCUCCGCUGAGUGGGAACCGAAACGGACGCUGUUGUUGAGGACAGUUGACGUCAAGCAGCAUCACCGGAUUAUUGUCCUCCAGCUUGUGAAGACGCCAUGCUUCUCUGGCCCCCUCAUGGCCGUGUCACUAUGACGAUCACCCUCCUCAAGCAGAUCUUGGUUCUGGCUGUGCUUCUCUGCGCCCUCGGUCCAGUGACAGGUCAGGGCUUAACUGAGACUCAGUCCGCCUCCCAGGUGCUGCAGGACCUGCUGACUCGCUAUGGAGACAACGUCACCAUCACGGUGCCCCAGCUGCGGUCUCUGCUGGCCCACCUCAGCCGAGAUCAGGUUGAAGGUGAAGGAGAAGGAGAAGGCCACAAUAUGGCGGAGUCACCAACCACAACACCUCUCAAAACCAACCAUUCAAAGUGUUUACCUGCAGACACGUUAGCUAUGUACAGCAUCAGUGAGCAGUCACAGCUGGAUGGACAGGGCCUACAGAAGCUGUGUCCCACCAUGCUGCAGCAGCUGGAUAAAGGAACCUGCAGGGCACAUAAAGAGGAGGAGCUGGCCUCCCCCAGGCCCUCAGACGUCGAAGUGUGGGGUUAUGGGAUCCUGUGUGUAACACUCAUCUCUCUGUGUUCGCUGGUGGGGGCCAGCGUGGUGCCCUUCAUGAGGAAAACCUUUUACAAGCGGCUGCUGCUCUUCUUCAUAGCCCUGGCCAUUGGCACGCUGUACUCCAACGCCCUGUUUCAGCUCAUCCCAGAGGCCUUUGGUUUUGACCCCAUGGUGGAUUUCUACAUGUCCAAGUCAGCUGUGGUGUUUGCAGGAUUUUACCUCUUCUUCUUCACUGAAAAAGUCCUCCGAGUUCUUCUCAAACAGAAAGACCAGGGCCAUGGACACAGUCAUUACUCUGGAUCAGAUCAGUACUCGAAAUCUGACGGGGAUGUGGAAAGCGUGGAGAAGGAGAAGCUGCAGCAGAACGGAGCCCCCGGUCUGGCUCUGGGCAAGGUGGACUUAGGAGAGGGAGAGCUUAUGCUGAGUCCUGCACAGACACCAGAGGACUCUCAGAGCCCUGACAGCGGCGGUCGCUCUGGCAACAGGGGUGGCUGCUAUUGGUUGAAGGGGACAGCUUACUCUGACAUCGGCACGCUGGCCUGGAUGAUCACAUUGAGCGAUGGCCUGCACAACUUCAUUGACGGCUUGGCUAUUGGAGCGUCCUUCACCGCCUCGGUCUUCCAGGGCGUCAGCACCUCUGUGGCCAUCUUGUGUGAGGAGUUUCCACACGAGCUGGGUGAUUUUGUGAUCCUACUCAAUGCCGGCAUGAGCAUACAGCAGGCUCUGUUCUUCAACUUCCUGUCAGCUUGUUGCUGUUAUCUGGGAAUGGGCUUUGGCAUCCUGGCCGGCAACAGCUUCUCUCCCAACUGGAUCUUUGCUCUGGCAGGAGGGAUGUUCCUCUACAUCGCUCUGGCAGACAUGUUUCCAGAGAUGAACGAGGUGAGUCGUGAGGAAGAAGACGCGGGCGGCAGCAGCUUUCUCCUCACCUUCGCCAUCCAGAACGCCGGCCUGCUGACAGGCUUCGCCAUCAUGUUCUUCCUCACCACCUUCUCUGGACAGAUCCAGCUGGUCUAGCAGCCGACUCCUCUGGACGAACAGCAGCGCUUACCAGUGUGACAUGAAACUGAGAUGACAGCUGGUUUGUGCCAGUUUCAACUGACUACAAGUGGAGGGACAUAUUCAAGAACUAUUUGUCUUUAUUUUCCUCUCAUUGUCUCAGUUUUCAGGUUCUUUGGCGUUUGGGGAGUUUGGCUGCUGUGCGGCAGGUACGCACACUCCUUAUCAAAAAAAAAUAUUUGAGAUGUUCAUGUGCAGUUCCCAGAUGCAGUAGAUCCUGAGCAGUGGUUGUGGCAGCCUUCUUUACAACCUUUAUAAAUCCUUUUUUCUGCUUAGUUACAGUAACAGAAAUAUCUCCUAAAGCAGGAAUCAUUCAGUCAGAAGAGACGAGCUGCAGAUGUGCAAUGACUCUGACCCACGUGCAACCCCAACCCAGUCACUGAAAAUGUUCUCUGUUCUCCAAACUUACAACUGCUCUUACAUUUUCUCUUCUCCUCACUGGACAUCUUUUAGCCUCAACUGUUGACAUUCAGUAGAUCCAGAUUAAUUUCUGUCACUUACUCUCUUAGCGCUUCCUCAGUAGGUGGGAAAAGCACAAUCAGAUUUUAGCAGCUGUAUUAUUAACAUCUUCUAGUCUUGAUUCUCUUUCCCAGACUUGAACCCUUCUCUUUCCUUCAUUCAUUUCACACCAAAAAAACAAAUCUCUAUGGACCUCAAGUGGAAUUUUAAAUCAAGUGUCAACUUCCAGCUGGACUUUGUUAUGUGUGUUGAUGUUAUAUUUUUGUAAAAUGAUCCUGUUUGAAGACCAAAUAUGGAGCGACCAUGAAGAAUAAUGAAGGGCUACACGGUGGCAUUUUGGGUACACUUUGAUUCUCAUCUAUACGGAUGUGUCUUUAUCCUCAGCAUGCUGUUCGAAACAAACAGAACAAAGCUGAAGUCUGAAACUAAAAGUGAGGACAAGUCCAGAGUUUGAUCUAAGCCUUUUUUCAGAUAAGAUGCAGCAUCACUGAGCGUCCACUAUAUUUACCUUCGGUGCCCUUCAUUCAUAUAAAUGAUCUCUGGUCUUGGUUUACACCAUUGACUAUUUUCUCUUUUAAUGUGUUUGAACGAAAUACUGUAAAUGUAAUCUUCAAACAUUCACACUUCACCUCCUGCUCUCUGUAAUACCGAUCAUAGAUAUUUAUAGAUUUAAGUUAAAUACUAUAUUAAGUUAGACUUUAAUGACAAACCCUCUGAGUCUUUUUAAGUUUCACUAUAAGGCCCAAAGGCUGUGGACAAGCUCUUCUCCGUGCUUACAUGCAUUUUUUAAUUGCGUGGUUUUCAUGGUUGGCAGCAGCCUCUGUUCGUUCCUCUCAUGAUUUUUCGAUUAUUUAUAAAUCCCGGUUCUAAGAGUAAAUUUUUUUAGACAUGAAAAUACCUCAAGAUCUUCAAAAGACGUAGAAGUUUAAUUGAAUAACACUGAGCGCUCUCUAAGGUGUUUCCUCAAACCUCAAAGACUCUUUUAACCAUGUGGAUGGAAAAUAUCUCUUCUCCAUUUCCAAGUCGCUGAGCUAACUUGGGGCCUGGAUUAGGGCAAGGCUUCAUAUUAAGAAACUUAAAUAUUGAAGUGUUGCAACAAGUCAAUAUUGAUCCAUUUACUGACCAAUCGAAUAGUUUGCUUAAAAGGCUCAAAACAUUUUGGGGGGUUUAUUAUGUUGGUCCAACUGCACCAUUUACGUAUACAUGUAUGGGGAUGGAAAAAUGUUUGAUGAUUGAUUGUUUCAUUCUUCAUUCAUUGAUUUUUCUUUGACUGUUUUUUGGUAAUGAAAUUGCUGUUGACUUUGAAAUCUUCCUUUUUUUGCUUUGAAAAAAAUGAAAUUCAUAUUUAUGAAGUUCCAACACUUUGUCAGUAUUUUGAAGGUUGUUGUCCUUUUCAACACAACACAGCCUCCGUGCAAAGUGACAUGUUUAUAAAAAGGGUUCCCCUGUUUCUUAAAGAACCUGAAGCCACAUUCAAUCCCUGCAGUCAAAUUUGAAAGUAAAUUGAAGGCCUUAAAGCGAGGGAUUGGAGGCUUUAUGGCUUUUUUAAUAAGAUCUUCAGCACUGAUGUGUUAGGAUAUCUAGAUACUGUCGACCAUGUCAGAAAACUCUCCUUAUUGGAGAACCUGUUAAAGAAGAAAAAGGUUCAUUAUCUGUAAAGUUUCAUUUAAAUCAAGUGAAACCAGUCCUAUCUGACAAACUGUAACAAAGGUGUUAAAGUCAUUCCUUUUGCUGCUGCGUGCACCACCAAUUAGUGCACGUUUCUGUUGAUCCAUUUUACUGAUAUUUUACAGUUUGUACAAUAUGAAGAAUUCUAAACUGGAAAGUCAGUACAAACUUAACUCCUGAUUUAAAAUGAGCAUAGAAGCUGUUGGUAAUUAUUUGUUGGGGAUAGAAAACUGGUAGCCUUGAUGGUGACGUGUUGUAUGGACAGACUAUACAAAUCAAAGUUGGCUGUUAUUCCUUGACGGUUUAGGGAAGCCAUUAACCCCAUCACCAUGAGGUAUGAUACAACUGCUGCUCGAUGUGUGAUAAAAUGGAAAUUAUUUAUUGUUGUUUGACCCAUAAAAUAUUUAUUUUAUGCUUUACACCAAGAAACAGUGUUCAGUUUACUGUUGCAUUGAAUGCCAUGAUAGAAGAGAGGAUGUGUAUCCUUUAAUUUGUUUUAGUUUGAACACAUGGGACGGGUGACAGAAUACAUAUUAAUCCUUUAUUUCACUGCACAUGUUCUCUGUCUGUACACAGAGAAACAACUUCUGCUCUGUUAUAACAAAUUAAACAUUGUUUCAUUUUCACACAAAAAAACCUGUUAAUCAAGGAUUAUGUUCAGGAGCACUCAGAUGAUAAUACAGAUUCAUGAGUGCAGAACUACUGAUUGAAACAAAUGUGUCUUUUUCCUCAUCAAUCAACCAACCAAUGACUGAGUGUCUGGAGAUUUGAAUAUCUUAUGGAUCUGCUGUUAGAAUUUGUAUUGCCCAUUUUGAGAAAAAAAAUGUACCUACUUGUAAUGUAUUGGAAUCAUCAUCAGCCUUCUCUGUGUGUCAUGGGAGUCUUGUUUUUUUUUUUUAUAAAACAUCCUUUUCCAAGAAG